UUUCCAUCUGCGGUGAUGGCUGAAUGGAGUUGGGUGGCCUACACAGCUCUAGAAGUGCUUAUUGCUGUGGCAUGUUGCUUUGGCAAUGUGCUGGUGAUGUGCGCGGUUUGUGUUGGUAUUCGGGAUUCCCUUCGGGAACCUACAUUCUGCUUCCUCGUGUCCUUAGCAGUGGCUGAUUUCCUUGUGGGUGUGGCUGCUGUGCCCCUUGCGGUACUAUUGGACGGCUGGGCGAGUCUAAUCCCUGAGUUGUGCCUGCGUCUCAGCUGGGUCGUGCUUGUGCUGACGCAGGCGUCUGUGCUGUCACUGCUAGCUAUCGCCGUGGAUCGAUACCUGCGGCUGCACACGCCGCUCAGAUACAAAGCCUUGGCCACACAGAGGCACACAUGGAUGGCCGUGUCUGUUUGCUGGAUACUUUCAUGUCUACUUGGUUUCACACCUCUAUUUGGCUGGCACAACUACUCCUUCCCAGCAUCCGAUUCUACCAACACAUCUUCCACUUCUUUCAUCCAUCCACCAUGCACUUUCCUCUCAGUUAUCUCUCUCCCUUUCAUGGUCUACUUCAAUUUCCUAGGAUGUGUCAUGGCGCCCCUGCUGGCCAUGACCCUCCUCUACACUAGAAUCUUCUGGAGCCUACAGGGACGUCUAAAGGACAGCUGCCCUCAAGCCCAGGCCUCUCUGCUCAGGGAGAAGAGGCUGGCCUGCUCCCUAGCUCUGGUUCUCAUCUUGUUUGCUGGCUGUUGGAUUCCCCUCCACCUGAUGAACUGCCUGCUGUUCUUUCAAGGUCCUCAAGCUGUCACACAGGGGGUACUCUAUACAGGUAUUCUCCUGUCUCAUGCCAACUCAGCAGUCAACCCUGUGAUCUAUGCCUACCGCAUUCCAAAGAUCCAGCGGGCCUACGGUCAAUUAUGGAAGCGCUUCUUUGUGUGGUUAAACUGUUGCCAUCGGAAAAAAGCUGGUUCAGAGAUCAUUAACAUACAGUUAAGCCAUUAACACAUACAUCUGGAUUAAGAGGGAACACCAGUCCCCAACAAGAGGUCGUUUGGCCACCGAGUUCACGGGACUUCGUCAGAAAGUUUCUAAUAGAAGCAAAUCUGACUUGUGCUCAGCCAUCAUUUAAGGCUUUAGUAAAGCUAAUCACAUAGACUGGGGAAAGCAGCCUGUUG